AUGACUCUUUCAGAUUCUUCCUCCACUGCAGUGACCGCUUCCACAACAAAGGAAGAGUAUUGCGUUCUACCUUUAAAACGAAAAUUUUUAAUUGUUGCUAUUGCUACGUUGGCAGGGUGCUUGGGCCCUAUAGCGGGAAAUAUAUACAUGCCAAUCUUGCCGCUGUUGGAAGACAUUUUUCAAGUAUCAAGCUCCACAAUGGAUGGUACAGUGUCUGUGUUUAUGGCAAUUUUUGCAUUUUGUCCAUUAAUUUGGGCAUCAUGGGCUGACUAUGGGGGUCGGAAGAUGCUAUACUUGUUACCGUUAUCUUUUUUCAUAAUUGCAAAUGUGUUGCUUGCAUCUGUACCAGCAAAUAUUGUGGCACUUUAUAUAUUGAGAAUCGUACAGGCAUUCGGCGCAAGCAGUGUCAUGUCUGUUGGCGCUGGUAUUGUAUCUGAUGUGAUAGAACCAAGGAAUCGUGCUAAAGCAAUCUCAAUAUUUAUGUGGGGUCCACAAUUGGGUCCAGUCAUUGGACCAGUUUUGAGCUUGAUAGCAACGGGUAGUUGGCGAUGGAUCUUUGGGUUUUUGGCAUUGUUUGGAUUUGCUGUUUAUCUAAUGAUUUUAUUUUUGCUACCUGAAACUUUAAGAUUUUUGGUUGGCGAUGGCAGUUGUUUGGGUAAAGGUAUAUUUGUGAAACCAAAAUGGCAAAGAAAAGUUGUUGAAGGGUACCCACGUCCUCCCAAGCCCAGUUUGCGAAAUUAUUGGAAUUUGCUCAGGUACCCACCUGUGCUUCUUUGUUCAAUCAACUCGGGGUUAUUAUUUGCAACAUUUUAUGGUGUAUUAAUCACAUUCUCACGCGUAUUGCUGGAACAGUAUAAUUUCAAUACAGUCCAGACUAGUUUGAGUUAUUUGUGUCCCGGUGGAGCAUUGAUCAUUGGAUCAACCAUUGGUGGAUGGCUUUCCGAUAAGCUCAGUACACGCGACGAUUAUAUUCCUGAGCAUCGCUUUUCAAUUCAAAUAGCUGGACUUUUGGUAUCAAUGACGGGGGUUAUCGGCUACGCAUGGACUGUUGAAAAACACGCACCCGUACAUCCAGUAUUUGUGUUUACGUUCUUGGCUGGUUUUGGUAUGACGUGGGUCUUUGUUGCCACCACAACUUAUUUGACAGAGUGCAGUCCUUCCCAACCCAGUGCUAAUGUCGCUAUUGGGAAUUUGAUGAGAAACGUUGCAGCUGCUAUAUGUACAGCAAUAGUAGAGAUACUUAUUAAGAAAAUGGGGUUUGGUUGGUGCAUGACUGGUUUAGGCCUACUUGAUUUGCUUGGAAUAGGUAUAGUGAUUGUUUUGUUGAGAAAAGGUCCAAAGUGGAGGUGUAACAAAGAGAAGGCCUUAGAUUAG